UAAGUAUUUAAAUAUAGUUAAAAUGAAUUGGAAGUAUUAGCAUACUUGUAUCUCUGCAAAAUAUAUAUAUAUAUAGUGGUGCAUGAGAGACGAAGAGAAUAACGCUUCUUCUUCUUCUUUUGCCUCUCUCCUCUCAUCAAAAAUGGCGGGCGAAUUAGAGGGAGUUAAGAAGACGCUGCUGAAUAAGAAAGUGUACUACGAGAAUUGCCCAGGUUGUAAAGUGGAUCUGCACAAAGCAGGGCAACGUGGCUUGCCCAUUAAGGAGCUCUUCACUAUAUGGAUUGUGAUCCUUGGCACAGCACUUCCAAUAUCAUCUCUCUUUCCAUUUCUUUAUUUCAUGAUAAGGGACUUUCACAUUGCAAAGAGAGAGGAAGAUAUCAGUUACUAUGCAGGUUAUGUAGGUUCUUCAUAUAUGCUUGGAAGAGCUUUGACAUCUGUCUUUUGGGGACUAGUGGCUGAUCGAUAUGGCCGAAAACCAGUUAUAAUCUUCGGCACUUUUGUAGUGGUUAUUUUCAAUACUCUCUUUGGUCUUAGUGUCAACUUUUGGAUGGCAAUCAUAACGCGAUUUCUUCUCGGUUCUUUAAAUGGUUUGAUUGGACCAAUAAAGGCAUAUGCUGCUGAAAUUUUUCGUGAAGAAUAUCAAGCACUGGGAAUGUCUACGAUUAGUACUGCAUGGGGAAUCGGAUUGAUUAUUGGCCCAGCUUUAGGAGGCUUCCUUGCCCAGCCUGCAGAGAAAUAUCCGUCAAUAUUCUCUAAGGAUUCUAUAUUUGGGAGAUUUCCCUACUUCUUGCCUUGCUUAAUCAUAUCACUGUUUUCCUUGGUUGUGGCUAUUGCUUCAUUUUGGCUGCCGGAAACAUUGCACAUUCAUGAAUCAAGCAUGCCGCCGCACGAUUCAUACGAGACUCUGGAGGCUGCAUCUGAUGCAAAAGAAGGAAAUGAAUCAACCCCAAAAGAAAAUCUAUUUAAGAACUGGCCGUUGAUGUCAUCCAUCAUAUUAUACUGCGUCUUCUCUCUUCAUGAUAUGGCUUAUACAGAGAUUUUUUCAUUAUGGGCUGUGAGCCCUCGAAAGUUUGGGGGCUUAAGCUAUUCAACUGCUGAUGUUGGUGAAGUACUAUCAAUCUCAGGGUUUGGCCUUCUAGUUUUCCAAUUAACUCUAUAUCCGUUGGUAGAGAGGUAUGUUGGCCCUAUCAUCGCUGCUCGAGUUGCAGGAGUUUUGUCGAUUCCCUUGUUGACAAGUUACCCUUAUAUCGCUAUGUUGUCUGGGAUUGCCCUUUCUGUGGCAAUAAAUUUUGCAUCCGUAAUGAAGAAUGCUUUGUCUAUCUCUAUCAUAACAGGAUUGUUCAUAUUGCAAAACAAAGCAGUGAACCAGCGACAACGGGGAGCUGCUAAUGGAAUUGCCAUGACAGCAAUGUCAAUUUUCAAAGCUCUUGGUCCUGCAGGGGGAGGAGCACUCUUUUCUUGGGCACAAAAAAGGCUUGACGCUUCCAUUCUUCCAGGUGAUCAGGUGGUUUUCUUUGUGCUGAAUGUGAUUGAGGCAAUAGGUGUGCUGAUGACAUUCAAACCAUUCCUAGUUGAAACACAAAAUACAUAGUAGAGAGCUUAUUGAUCUUUUUCAUUAAUUAGUUCACCUCUGUUUUCUUUGUAUCUUUUUAGUAUAUAGUAUCAAAUUUUUUCUGCUGGCAAUUGUUUUGAGGUUAGAGUUACUUUUUAUGUUUCAGUAGGAUAUGGAACUUCAUUCAUCCAUAAAGUUGUGAUAUAGUAUAUUUUCAAAAGGAAAAUUUACAUAUUUGAAAA